AACUAGACUUGGAUACUUUAACUGCUAAUCGUUUAAUUUAUCCAAGUUACAAGCAAACCGGUGGAUAUAAAACACGUUAACUAGUUGUGCGGCUGCGCGCUGUUUGUGUGUAAAAAUCCUUUCAAAAUGGCGCUGCCCGGUGACUUCAUCGGGACGAUUCAAGAGGACGAAGAAAUACCUGUUGCCUCAGAAGACACGAGUAGCGACGAGGAGGCUCUCAGGCCAAAGAAAUUGUCCAAACUUAAGAGGCAAAAGAAGGGCCAGGAAGAUUUUUCACAGGACUUUGUAUUCUCAGAGCGUGCCUUUGAUGAAAACAGUGCUUGGACCUCAAACCUAAUUAAAACUUUGAAGCCCCGAGGCCACACACUGAUUCAAACAAAUACCUCGUUGGAGCAAAAAAUUGCCAAGAUCCGAAGUGAGAAGAGAAAAAAAAAGGAGUCUGAGGAACUUGACAAAGCUAAAGCAAAAGAAUUGGAUGUGACAAAGGGAGAUCAUGCAUUUCAAAGUGGUGCAAAAGAAGAUAGUAACCAUGACAAUAGUGCAGAUGAUGAGGAAGAAGAGAUCGAGGAUGAAGAUAUGGGAGUGGAGGAUAUGACAUGGGACCAAAUCAAAGUCAAAUCAACCAGUGAGAAAAGAAUCAAGAGGAAACAUAAAAAAGAUGAUUCUGAUUCUGAUGAUGAAGAAACAAAGAAGGCCAAAUUCUUUGAUGAGGCGCCAGAGCUGGCUGGCUACAGCAGCUUCCAAGAGAUGAACCUGUCCAGACCACUUCUCAAGGCCAUAACUGCAAUAAACUUUGUGAGGCCGACCCCCAUCCAGGCUCAGACUAUCCCAGUAGCUCUUCUUGGUAAGGACAUCUGUGCUUGCUCAGCUACAGGAACUGGUAAAACGGCAGCGUUUAUGUUACCUGUUCUGGAGCGACUGCUGUAUAAGCCCAAGCAAGCAUUGACAAUCACUCGUGUCUUGGUACUGGUACCCACCAGAGAGCUAGGUGUGCAGGUUCAUACGGUUACCAGGGAACUGGCCCAAUUCAGCAGUAUAGAGUGCUGUCUAGCAGUUGGUGGUUUGGAUGUGAAGCUCCAGGAAGCAGCGUUGAGGAAAGGCCCUGAUAUCGUCAUAGCAACACCAGGUCGUCUCAUUGAUCAUCUACAUAAUGCUCCAUCCUUUGACCUCAAAGACGUUGAAAUUCUCAUUCUUGAUGAGGCUGACAGGAUGCUGGACGAGUACUUUGCUGAGCAGAUGAAGGAAAUUAUCAGACUGUGUUCUCACAGCAGACAGACAAUGUUAUUCUCUGCUACUAUGACAGAUGAGGUCAAAGAUCUUGUUGCAGUUUCCCUCAAGAACCCAGUCAAGCUGUUUAUCAAUGAGAACACUGAUGUAGCGUAUAACCUACGACAAGAAUUCAUUCGCAUUCGUCCAAACAGAGAGGGUGACAGAGAAGCUGUUGUGGCAGCAUUGUGCAGUCGGACUUUCCAUGAUCAUUGCAUCAUGUUUGUACAGACCAAGGUCCAAGCUCAUCGGCUGCACAUAAUCUUGGGACUGUUUGGGCUAAAUGUUGGUGAGCUCCAUGGCAACUUAUCUCAGGCACAGCGAUUGGAAACACUUCGCCGUUUCAAAGAAGAGAGUAUUGAUGUGUUAGUUGCCACUGAUCUAGCUGCAAGAGGACUGGAUAUUGAGGGGGUUAAAACAAUAAUAAAUUUCACACUGCCAAGUACACUGAAGCAUUAUGUACACAGGGUUGGAAGAACAGCCAGGGCUGGCAAAAGUGGUCGAGCUGUUAGUCUUGUAGGAGAACGAGAGAGGAAACUUCUGAAGGACAUUGUGAAGAAAGCAAAUAAUCCAGUUAAGAGUAGAAUAGUACCUCAAGAUGUUGUACAGAAGUACCGUGACAAGAUUGCAAGCUUGGAGGAAGACAUCGGGGAAGUGAUGCGGUUGGAAGAAGAAGAGAAAGAGAUGCGUAUCACCGAGCUGCAAAUGCACAAGGCUAACGCCAUGCUAGAACAUCAGAAAGAAAUCUUCAGUCGUCCCAAGAGGACGUGGUUCCAGACACACAAAGAACGGGUGCAAGAAAUAGACAAGCUUAAACUAAAUCCAGAAAAAAUGGAUAAAAAAUCGAAGAAGAAGGCCAAGAAAGAGCAGGCGGAGCAGGUGGCUAGUGAUCAAAAUGAGCGUCGCAUCCAGCGAGAAUUGGAGAAGGCCCAGCUUUUCUCCAAGAGAGAAGCCAAGAGGUCACACAAAGGUCAUGUCAUCCGAGGUUUAAGGAAUCAAGAACAACCGUCAGAAAACAAGAAGCCAUUCGUUAGAAAAAAGAAAACAAAUGGUGGCCAGUUCAAGUCGUCAUUUGAGAAAGAGCUUACUCAAACAGGCAAACGCUCUGUCAAACAGUUCAGAAACAAAACUCAUGAAGCCCGCAAGGAACAGAAAAGAACAGAGAAAGCUUCAUUUAAGUCCAGUAAACAAAACAAGUCCAAGUUCAAACCGAGCAAGUUCAACAAGAGACGGAAGUGAGGAAACAUUAGGGACAUCAAAACAGUUGAAGGCACACAACUCUUUCUUUAAUAAACAUUUGAUUUUGAAUGGUUUUCAGAUACUAGAAGGAAUGACGAGAUGUCUUGGCUUGCUCUUAUUUUUGCUUGAAAAAAUGGAGUCUUCAAAUUGCUUAAUUUUCAAAAUCUGCCCCACAAAGAGAACAAAAUUUCUUCAGACCUUUCAAAUGAAAUGCAUUAAAGUUUUAUCUACACUGCAUACAUAGGAGAAACAGGUUGAGGAAACAGGUUGAGGAAACAGGUUGAAGAAACAGGUUGAGGAAACAGGUUGAGGAAACAGGUUGGUGUAGCAGCGCUUUCCUCGCCUUCCACAUCUGCGACCCGGGUUCGAAUUCCACCUAGGUCAGCAUGUGGAUUUGGUUUCCAGA